AUGUUUUACAUCAUCCAACAAAUACGUGGUGAUAUAAUGAAAAUGCAUAUUGGAUUCAAGCGAAAAUGUGCAUUCUUCUCACGUCUGGCCGUUCUGUUCCGGUUGCACGUACCAGAAGGUGAGCAACGCAGUGUUUCCGAUUAUCGGCAGGUAUACCCAGUUUUGUACAGAACCAUAUCUGGGUAUGGAAUGCCGGAAAAUCCGAAGGAUUUCAUUGGGGAUUUGACGCGUCUUGGGCCGGUGCAAAUACAGCGUAGAGCGCUGCACGAAGUGUUUAUGAGUGCAUUGCGUGCCGAAUAUUACGAUGUAGCCAUACGUCAUCUGUGUUAUCUGCUGCAGGUUCGUAAUUUGUCUCUUUUUAUUGCGAAUAAGGAUUUGACUGAUCCCUGUGUUCCGGCUAGGUGCUCUUAG